ACAGAAGCUAGAGAGUCGACAUGGCAGCUCCUACACAGCUUGCUUUCCGGACAGUUAAAGGGCUUGGCAUCCUCGAUGCGGACCCUGUCUAUGAGCCAUUGUCGGGGUUUGAGAGACCUGAGGGGAACCUUCGCUGUAGCGCUUAUUCUCCCUGUGGCCGGUAUUUUGCAUGGGCAUCUCCCGAGAAGGUAACUAUUAUUGAUCCUUCCGUCGGACACAUCAUCACGAAUAUCCCUGCCGAUAACGUUUUUGAGCUGGGAUUCUCACCCCUCGGGACCUACUUGAUCACUUGGCAGCGUCCGUCGAAGGAUGCGAAUGGUGAUGCAGUCAAGAACUUGAAGGUUUGGAAGAUCGUGGAGACGGCACCAGAGAGCAACGGAGAUGAACACGCGAUUGUGGGCAGUUACGUCCAGAAGUCGCAGACGGGCUGGAACCUUCAGUACACGUCUGAUGAGCGUUACUGUGCUCGGGUUGUCACCAACGAGGUUCAAUUUUACCAGAGCGACAACCUGUCCAAGCCGUGGAAUAAGCUGCAUGUGGAGGGGGUGAUCGACUUCGCGCUCUCACCCGGAAAGAGUCAGUCUGUUGCCGUAUUUGUGCCUGAACGCAAGGGUCAACCCGCUGCAGUCAAGGUGUUCAUGGUGCCUCAGUUCGGGGCUCCUGUCUCGCAGAAGACUUUCUUCAAAGGUGACAAGGUUCAGUUGAAAUGGAAUGCCUCGGGAACUACUCUGCUUGUGCUUGCCCAGACCGAAGUUGAUCGGACAGGCAAGAGUUACUAUGGAGAGACCACGCUAUACCUACUCGGUGCUACGGGUGGUUUUGAUUCUCGUGUUGACUUGGACAAGGAAGGUCCGAUCCACGAUGUUACCUGGUCGCCCAACUCUAGAGAGUUUGGUGUUGUCUACGGCUAUAUGCCAACCAAGACCACGAUCUUUAACUUCCGUGGAGUACCGCAGCACAGUUUCCCUCUCGCCCCCCGGAACACCAUCUCGUUCUCUCCCCACGGUCGUUUCGUCCUAGUUGCUGGUUUUGGCAACUUGGCCGGCCAAAUGGACAUCUAUGAUUUGGAGAAGAAUUACUUUAAGAUCGCUACCGUGGAAGCGUCGAAUGCCAGUGUUUGCGAAUGGUCUCCCGAUGGAAAAUUUAUCCUGACGGCUACCACGAGUCCCCGUCUCAGAGUGGAUAACGGUGUUCGUUUGUGGCAUGUCAGCGGUGCUCUGGUGUACAACGAAGACAUGCACGAGCUCUACGACGUAUAUUGGAGACCGCAAUCCACCACACAGCACCCUCUUGGUGAUCCGUUCCAUCCGCUCCCGACGCCCCAUCCAUCUGCUGUUGCGUACCUGAGCACGAGGAAGGCUCCUGUGAAGCCUGCGGGUGCCUAUCGCCCACCGGGCGCUCGUGGUCAGCUUACGCCACUUGCAUUCAAGCGAGAAGAUCAGGGCGGUGCUGCCUUUGUCCGGGACGGGGCAAACGGUGGAGCCCUGAAUGGCUUGGGCAAGCCACGGAGACGUGAAGUUCCUGGUGCUGAUCCGGUUGAGGAAUAUCUUCCUCCGGGAGCCGCUCCUGGAGGAGGGGUUGCUCUACCCCCGGGUGCGGAUCAGCCCGAGAAGUUAUCCAAGUCCGCCGCCAGGAACAAGAAGAAGCGUGAAGCGAAGAAGCUGAAGGAUGACAAGGGCCACCACGAGCGUAGCCGCUCCAAGGCCAACAAUUCUGAGCGCAAGAACGCCCACCAGGCCAAUGGCGCAUCGCCCGCUUCGACCAAGCCGAGCAAUAACGCUGCAGCAGAAGCUGCAGGUGCACCCACCGCACAAGAGAAGAAGAUCCGCGGACUUCUGAAGAAGAUUCGUGCGAUCGACGAGCUGAAAAUGCGCCUUGCGGGUGGAGAGAAGUUGGAGGAUACGCAGCUAAAGAAGAUCCAGACCGAGGAAUCGGUGCGCAAGGAGUUGGAAUCGCUGGGUUUCAACGGAUAG